CAGAGCGUCGGGAAAGCUGGAAGGGAGAACUGGCGCUUUAGGGGCCACCGCUGACUAUUUCAUUCCUGCAUUUUUACCUGCAGCUCAGUGCGGCUCGGUUUGGCUCCAACAACUUCACCAACUGUCCCGCUGCGUAGUUCCUCAGACCACUGUGGCAGGGACGCUCCCAUAAAUUCACCCCUUUCCCCAACUCAACUUAAUAGAGAUGUUAGAUAGCGCACAGCAUCAUUGCACCGAAUGUCCACAUAGUACUGAAGCCUCUGUAGGACGGAUAUAGAACCUGCGCGUCAGGAGAGACUCUUUUUCUGCCUCUUGUCGUACUUUUUGCUCGCUUUGACACACAACACAGAAGGGUGAGAGGUCGUUUAUGUGUGCGUGUGUGUGAGCGUGUGCAGGAGAGACAGACAUUGCACACUUUUUUUUUCUCUCUUUUGGAGCUACGCUUUCAUGCCGUCAGUCUUGCGCUCUUUGAGAUGGACGUCAGAUUUUAUCCAGCUCCCCCUUCCAGCGUGGGUUCCUGUACGUUACCGACCGAUUCCGGGCUGGACUAUUACCAUUCCAACAAGAACAGAUACCCUGCCGGAGAUAGAGGCGUGAGGCUCUACAGUUCCCUGCCCAUGCGCCCAAACCCUGAUGGCAAGAGGCUGCCCUCUACUGGGUUUGAUGGUGAAAACAUGUACAUGAAUGAAAACAACCACGAGUUCCUCCCACCUAACCAUAGCUACACGGGUCAGACAGGAGGCAGCGGGGGAGGAGGUGGAGGUGGCGGUACCUCCAGUGGAAACGGGACCGGAGACGAAGACUAUGAGAUCCCGCCGAUUACUCCACCCAACCACCCCGAGCCACCUCUUCUUCACCUGAUGGAGCAUGACUCUACGGGCUACCUCUGUCAUUCGUUGCCACACAAUGGCCUCAUCAACCCGUACUCCUACACUGAGCUGCCAACGCUUAUGAUGUCCAACAUGUUGGCGCAGGAGAGCCACCUUGUCUCCAGUCAAAUGCCCUCGAUGCAGGAGAUGGCUAUGCACCACCACCACCACCACCAACAGCAACACCAUCACCAGCACCCUGACGCCGCUCAUUAUGAUCCUGCCCGUAACCACCACAUGAUAAACAGCUCACCUCCGAUACUGCCCAAUCCCAUGAGUGCACUGUCUCAGCUAAACCCUCAGGUCAGCCGGAGCGCACUGCCUCAUGGUUCCCCCUCGCCUCCUGGGAGUAAAUCAGCCACACCCUCCCCUUCAAGCUCCAAUCAGGAAGAGGAGACAGAUCCUCAUUCGAAGAUUGCCUUCCAGAUAACUGGUGAAAAACGACCAUCUUCCGAGAUGAUGAAACCCAAGCCCAAGCCCCAGAAGAAGAAGAAGAAGAAGGACCCUAAUGAGCCAACUAAGCCCGUGUCGGCCUAUGCCUUGUUCUUCAGAGACACCCAGGCAGCCAUCAAAGGACAGAAUCCAAACGCAACCUUUGGAGAUGUCUCCAAAAUAGUUGCCUCCAUGUGGGACGGACUUGGAGAGGAGCAGAAACAGAGCUACAAGAGGAAAACAGAGGCUGCUAAGAAGGAGUACCUGAAAGCCCUGGCCGCCUACAGAGCCAGUCUGGUUUCCAAGGUAACAGCGGGGGUCACAUGUUUGAUAUACAUGGGUCAGCUGCAAUAUAAGGGAUAAUAAAUUAGACAGAAU